GACGAUGCUUUGGAAUCCUAGCACAGUCUCGUGGUCACGGGCACAGUUCUGCGUGGCACUGCUGGUCAAUUUCCCCGUAGUAUCAUCCUUUUCACAGUAUCAGAGUAAUGGUGAGCAGAAAUGUCCUCAUAAAACAGCCCCGCGCCUUGCAAUCCUAUCUGACCACAAAACCAGGGCUAUCAACAAUUGGCUUGCUGAAUUCGACUACUCUUCCACCGUUUCUGAAAGACAAUCCUCUCCCAUGUGGCGUUCCCUGGGGAAACACAGAGCCUGGAGGAGCCCCUCCUCACACAGGUGUUGUGAGACGCUACAAAUGGACAGUAUCUCGGUCCAUCAAAGCACCCGAUGGUGUUGAAAAGAACUCCAUUCUCAUCAAUGAUCAAUUCCCAGGACCUCUAGUUGAGGCCAAUUGGGGUGAUAUGAUUGAAGUAGAAGUCACCAAUGCUGUUGAAAGCGCUGCAGAAGGCAUCACAAUUCACUGGCAUGGUCAACCCCAAAAGGAAAAUCCGUGGUAUGAUGGUGUACCGGCAGUAACUCAAUGUCCAAUCGCUCCCAACACAACUUUUACUUACCGCUUCAGAGCUGAAAGUUUCGGAAGUGGAUGGUAUCAUUCUCAUGUAAGUGGGCAAUACGCUGACGGACUCUUUGGCCCUAUGGUAGUUUAUGGCCCAUCUCAAUUACCAUACGACAUAGAUCUUGGCCCUAUAGUCCUAAGCGACCAUAUCUACACCUCCUACUUUCAGGUACUUGAGCAAGGGCUCGGCGUGCCCCUCGUCUUCCCAACCGUGGGCAACAAUCUCAUCAACGGAAAAGGAACCACGAAUUGCAGCUCAAUUGCAAAUGGGACAAACUGCACUCCGGGAGCGCCUCUCGCAAAAUUCGCCUUUCAAACAGGAAAAACCCACCGUUUACGACUGAUGAAUACCGGAAGCUCAGGCACUCAGAAGUUUUCUAUCGAUGGCCAUUCGAUGACUGUAAUCGCGCAAGACUAUGUUCCGAUCAAACCAUACACAACAAAUGUCGUCACACUAGGACUAGGACAACGUACCGAUGUGCUAAUUAAAGCUACCGGUAGCGCUAGCGGGUCAUAUUGGAUGAGAUCCGAUCUGGACGUUGCGUGUAUGCAAUUGGAGACUAUAAAUUCGCAUGCACUUGCUUCGGUCUACUAUCCACAAGCGCAAACAUCAUCUGAGCCGAAUACUACUGCAUACUCAUGGGACAGUAACAACUGUCUUAACGAUCCAUUAAACACAACCGUUCCAUAUUAUGCCUUAUCCCCACCCAGAACUCCUUCGCUCACCCAAAACCUUCAAAUCAAUGCCGGCCCUAACGCAUCUGGCGUUCUUCUAUUUUACAUGAACAAUUCCACUUUCAGGGGAGACUACAAUGCACCAAUCCUGCUCCUCGAAUCUUCCGGCAACACAUCCUAUCCCGAAGACCCCAGUUGGAACGUCUACAAUUUCGGGAACCACACGUCCAUCCGCAUUAUUAUCCAGAAUAUCUUUCCCAUCUACCACCCCAUGCACUUGCACGGCCAUGAUUUCUGGAUUCUCGCCAUCGGCACAGGAGAAUGGGAUGGUCGAGUUGUCAAUCCCGAUAAUCCUCAACGAAGAGAUACUAUUCUCAUGCCUCCUGGCAGUCCAGAUGUUCCCUCCUAUCUCGUUAUCGAGUACAUGGCUGAUAACCCCGGGGUGUGGCCUUUGCAUUGCCAUAUUGGCAUACAUCUCAGCGCGGGGAUGCUCAUUAAUACUUUGGAACGACCUGAUUUGGUAAAGAAAAGACGGGUUCCAUAUGUGAUGGCCCAAACAUGCCGAGACUGGGCCAAUUUUAGCGGGACCAAUCUCGUUGAUCAAAUCGAUUCGGGAUUGUGAUUGAUUCAUUGGGAUGAGGGGUAGAACUAGAUUAAAAUAGAUAUAAUGAUACCUGAAAAGAAUGAAAUUUGCCCCAGACUUUCCUCAUCAUACAGGACUGCGAAGUGACCGUGAUGGCAAUGCAUAAAAUUCCCCAAAUCAAAUACCCAACAUCCUUCAUCCUUUACUCGAUCAAGACUUCUCUUCAAAAUAUCUACAUUCA